UUGUACGCGUAAAUUCUAUUUCAAAUCUAUUUUAAUUAAUUGCUUACAUCGGUAUACAUUUUGACGUUUAUACCAUUUAAGUGAACAGCAUUCGAGAUGAAUCUAAAUAGUGUACUUCAAUCAGGUUAAAUUAAUAAAUUCCAUAUGUGUCAACGAUAAAUAAGAGUGACGGAAGAUUCAAAAAGAUUUCCGCUGUCCAAUCUGAUAACAAAUUAAAUAAUGCUGUAGGUUUUCAACAACAAAAGACAAUGUUCACGCUGGAAAAGGAGUACCGCAGUUUAACUUACAUAGACAAUGAUACUUGCUUGACAACAAAACGACCAAAUUCGACUGUGAUCAGUAAUAUUUACGAGGGAAUCCCGGAAACGAUAUUGCUGAAUGUUGUGAGUUGGGUUUUGCUUAUUUUAUUGUUCGCGAUCCUUCGUAACCGAGCUUGGGAUUACGGCAGAUUAGCUUUGGUGCACACUGAGAAGUGGACGCAACUGUUCUACAAGAACACUGAUGAUGCCGUGGCAGUUGAAGAAUCAAGUGCGGAUAUAUCCAUAAUCCCCGAUACGGGGUGCUUGUGGUUCCCGUCUAUUUUUACUAUUAGUAGGGACAGAAUUUUCGCUAGAUGUGGCCCCGAUGCACUACACUACCUAUCAUUCCAAAAGCAGUUGUUGUUGCUCUCCAGCUGCAUAACUACUUUCGCUUUGUGUGUUAUUUUGCCUAUAAAUUUUCAAGGGGAAUUGCAAGGAGAUAAAACCACUUUUGGUCACACUACAAUAAGCAAUUUGGAGCCGACUUCAAUGUGGUUGUGGGUUCAUGUUUCUGCAGCAAUAUUAUUUCUCCCUUUGACAAUAAUGAUCAUGAGAAAGAGUUCAGUGAGAAAACCCAGCAUUACAGCAUUGGCCUCGAAAACUCUGAUGAUCACGCACAUAUCGAGAAACCACAGGAACUGUGAGGAUAUCAGGAAUUACUUCAACGUUAGAUACCCUGGUUUGGAGGUGAGGGACGUCCAAAUAGCAUACAGAGUGAAACAGCUGAUGGAGUUGGAGAAAGAGAGGGAAAAAGUUCACGAGGCUCGAAUGUAUACCAUAUCGAACAUGAAGCCUGACAGGCAAAUUAAAGUGCAGCCCUGGGGUUGCAUAGCCUGCUGUCCUUGGAAGCUAGUGAAUGCCCUGGAUUACUACACUGCAGAAGAGGAGCGAUUGAACGAUUUGGUGUUCGCUGAACGCGCCGCUGCCCUUAGAAAUCCCCUGGGCAUAGCUUUUGUGACUGUGGAAUCCGAAGAAAUGGCCCAAUAUGUUGUUAGGAGUUUCGAGCCGGGUUCUUUGAGGCACUGGCUGAUUGCCAGGGCACCCUCCCCUUCGGAUAUUAACUGGGAAAAUCUGGAGAUUUCUUACAAGAACUGGUAUUCCAAGGCGAUAUUGAUCAACAUUAUACUGUUCCUGAUUUUAUUUUUUUUAACCACCCCAGUGAUUUUUGUGAAUAUUUUUAAUAAUCUUACGUCGGCGCAGAAUAAUUUUAUAAAGAAAAUCAGUCCGUUGCUAUCCGAAUUUUUGCCUACUCUCAUGAUAUUAUCACUGUCCGCGCUUAUGCCUGUUUUGGUGGCCUAUUCCGACGAAUGGAUGUCGCACUGGACAAAAUCCAAACAAAACCACUCCACAAUGCUGAAAACGUUCAUUUUCCUUUUAUUCAUGGUUUUAAUUCUCCCAUCUUUGGGCCUAACCAGUGCUCAGGCCUUCCUGGAAAUAUCCUUCCAAAAGAACGUCACUGUGCAUUGGAAAUGCAUAUUUCUGGCGGAUAAGGGCGCCUUUUUCGUGAACUACGUCAUCACAUCGGCCCUGAUUGGUACAGCUUUAGAGCUGCUUAGGUUUCCGGAGUUGGCCAUGUAUGCGUGGAGACUUCUGCGCAUCAAAUCCGAAGCAGAGAAGACCAGCAUCCGCAAGGAAAUCCUAUCAGUAUUCCCGUUCGGCAUACAUUAUUCCUGGACUUUAUUAAUAUUCACCAUAAGCACUGUUUACAGCCUCACCUGCCCGCUUAUCACGCCGUUCGGUUUGCUGUACUUAACCCUGAAACAUUUCGUGGACAAAUACAACAUAUACUACGUUUAUAGACCUAUAACGAUGUCCGGGGAGGGUCAGCAAAUACACGCGAACGCCGUUAAAAUGGUGCAGAUUGCUAUUUUGCUUCUACAGCUCAUAAUGGGUGCUUUCUCCUUCAUCAGAGGCGGUCUUAAUCUCAUGACUUUGGUUUCUUUCUUCGGUUUCGGGCUGACGUCGUGUUUCUUCUGCGUACUGAGCCCUUUCCCGAGCUGCAGAAGGUCGGGCUUGAACGUAUCGAACGCCCCAGAGGCUCUGCAGCAAUACGUGGCCCCAGUUUUGACCAGUUCAAGUGGUAUCGAAUCUAUACACGACCCUAUGUCUCUGCCCUCUUCAUACGGUUCCUCCAACAACCACGAUACGCUGAGGAUUAGCCCUGGAGAAGUGGGCAGCAGCGAGGCAUAAUCGUUCUUUUAUUUUCUGCUUCUAUGGCUGUGACUUAAUUAAUAAGUUAGGAAAUUUUUAUUUUUGUUAAUUAGAGGAUAUUAAUUAACCAGGAAUCUUUUAAACUAAGAUUUUCUCCGUCCCCUUAUAUUAAUCAUUUGACUCUUCUUGCAAUACAAUUUCUGUGGAGGUUAAUGUUCCUUAGUCAUAUUUUAAUUGGUCUUCCCUUAAAAGUAUUUAUUUUAACUAUCCUCUAAUGUAGCAGCCAAUUUAAUUACUGUUUUUGUAUUUAUAAACUACAAUGCAAAUUUAUUUACUACACCUGUUCACAUUUAAUAAUUAUUACAUAAUGAAAAUUAAUAUGAUUAAUUUCUAAAAUAGGACUCUUAUUUAAUUUAACUGUAUAAAUCAAAUUGGGUUUUUGAAACUAUAGUCUGUACUGUAUGUGUGAUAGCUAAGUAUAUAUUUAUAUAUUAUUUUGAG